AUGGAAACAGUUUCUUAAUAGAUUAAACAUCUAAAUUAAAAAAACCAAGAACUUACUGCUCUUGAGAAUCGAUUAAUAUAAUUGAAAUAAUAACUUAAUUUAUAAGAAGCAAACAAUAAUAUAAUUUAGGCAAAAGUAGAAAAGAUUGUUAAUGCUAAGAAAUAGAAAUUUGAAGAUCAAAUGGAAGUAUAUCUUAAUGGUAAAUUAAAUAGCUUAGCAAAAUCAUGGAAGCAAAUAAUAACAAUGAUAAUGGUAUAUAAAAUUAGAUUAGAAAAAAUAAAUAAUAAUAACAGGAGGAAGCAAAAAAGAUGAAAUAAGAUAUAUUUGAUGAGAAAUGUUUGAAAACUGCAUUAGCGAAAUAAUAACUGGCAUUAUAGAUGUAUUAAAACAAAAAGAAAAGAGAAGAAGAACUUUUAGAGAAAUAACAAUAAUAUGCUAGAGUAUCUUAUUUUUUUAAUAAGAUAGAUCUCUGAAUGGGAAUUUAAUAUGAAAUAAGAUUUGGAAUAAAAGAAAGCAGAAAAAAUAGAAAAAAUUAGAUAAGAAUAAAAUUUAUUUAAAGAAUAAAUUUCAAAACGAUUGUAAGAGUAAUAAACACUAUGUGAUUAGAUGAGCACUGAAGAAUAGAGAUUGCUUAAGUAAUUUAUUCAAUUAAUUUAAGUAAAUUAAAGGAUUCUCAAAUACAUGGAAACAAUUUAAAAAAUGAUCUUAUGACAGCAUUAAAUUUAAGUAUUAAAGAAUAUAAUAACAUCUCUGGAUUACGACCUUAAAAUUCUAAAUCCUAUAGUUUAUAGAAAUUACCUAAGUAAUCUUAGAAUAGUCCUUAUGCUUAAUUACCAACAAUGUUAAAAUUGAAAGUAAAUGGAUAACUAAGUAAUUAUUUGAAUAGUAAUUCAUCAUUUCGUGAAUCUUUAAUGAAAGAGUAUUAGUUUUCACUUCCUUCUUUAUGUAAACCAUCUUUUAAUGAAUAAAAAUAAUAAGUAGAGCGAUUGUAUCAAUCAAAAACAAUAAAGAAUAGCAAAUAAGAUUUAUAAUAUAUUCUCAACUUUUGUGAUAAUAAAAGCAAAUCUUCUUAUCGUAAAUAGAAAGGUAGAAUGAAUUAAAGUGAAGUUCUAUCUUCAGAUAAUCAUUCUAUCUCUUAAAAGCAAAAUCGUAAAAUAUCUCAAAAAGAAUCAAUUAGUAAAUAACAAUCUAAAGAAUUAGAAAAAAGCACUUAAUAAUAAUCAAAUUGA